AUGGAGAAAUGGGAUGUACUGUUGCUGACAGCAGGAAGCGAGAAACAGAAGCAAGAUUUUGAACUAAUUCUGUCAAAAGAGGAUCUCACUUCAUAUUGCAAGAAGGCAUUAGUCAUUGCAGACUACCCCGCUGAAGUCAGGAUAGGAUCCGGUGGCGCUACUCUAAAUGUUCUAAGCACGCUCAGACAGCUUGUGGAUAAAAAGAUUUUACUUGUCCACUCUGGAGGUCUGUCACAAAGAGUGCCUCAUCUCUCGGCAUUAGGAAAGAUAUUUGCUACGUUGCCAGAUGGAAGUACCAUUCUUGAGAAGAAGCUGAUUUCGUACAAGCAUCUCCCUAGCAUUCUUCCACCAGGAAUGUUGGUGUCAGCUUCGGAUGUAGCUGAGGAUGUUUCGAAGUUUGAGAAAUGCGAUUCGCCCGAAAUGAUUGUUUCUGCUACUGAAUCAAGUUUAGAGGAAGCCAAAGACCGCGGUGUUCUUGCACUGGAUUCGGAUGGGAAAUUGAAAACAGUGCUACAAAAGCCAACGCUAGAGUUGAUCAAGGACAGUGGAGCAGUUCUCCCCUCUGGAAACGCGCUAUCAUAUUGCUUCUAUUGGUUAUCCUGGUCAAUUUGCGAACAGCUCGCUGCUCUGUGGCGCGACCGUGGACCAUGUAAAGUAGAGACAUGCUGGGGGGACUUUAUGCAACCGCUAGGAUAUGCACCGUCUCUGGACUAUCUGAAUGAAGAGAUUUUCUCAAAAACCAAGCCUCAAGUAGUCAAUCUCGGUAUCGACUCGUACUUCCACCUCGGCACCCCUCAAGAGCUUAUGGCACAUUGUCGUCGGGAAUCGACUUUUGCACGGAAGUUUCUGCCAUUAUUUUUGCAGUCUGUUUACUGUUCGUUAGAAGAUUGCUCGAUUGGUAGUGGUUCGUUGGUAGAGUACUGCAAGCUGAAGGACGCGAACAUUGGCGAGGAAUGUAUAAUAAAUGGUUGCGAGUCUACGAAAUUAAUACAAAUUCGUAACAAAACCAUGGUGUUCACAUUGUGCAUCAAAGAUAAUGGAGGAAGAUUCUACACAACUGUAUUUCUUCGUACUGAUGAUGAUGUGAAGGAAAAGAAGGAAAAGCUUUUUUGGAUGGGACGCGAAACAUCCGAAACGAAUGUCUCAUUAUGGCAGACAAAUCUGUUUCCCGUUGAACAAACCAGAGAAAUGUCGCUUCAAACAACUCUGAAAAUGUUGGAGGGAGCAGAAUUCGACGGUCAGAAAAUCUCGAUAGGUGGAGCUGUAGCGAAAAGCGACUUAGAGGAGAUGAUCUCUUUUCGACAGAGUCUCAAACAUCAACCUCCAACCUCUUCUCCAUGA